UCUUGGGGGAAUUGAGGCAACCACAACGCGGGACACAGCCACCUCUUGCGCAUGCACCCCCACAAUAGCAAAUCCAUGUGUAUCACGUCGGGCACAGCCCAGACCGCUAUCCCAAUGCCAUUGAUUUCCCUCCCCCAUUGUUCCCCUUGACAUUUAUCGGGGACGCCCCAUAGCCGAGUUUCGACGGGCUAGCCAGAUUGUCCAGCACAGGAUACAGCGACGCCCGGGUUCCCCUUCUGAUGGCUUCCUCGCAAAGGAAGCGACAAUGCUCAUAUGGCGAGGACGAGGAUGCCAGAGCCGCGCCUUAUCACAGAAACCUUCUCGCGGAUUCAAAAACGACAGCUACAUGCAACGAGUCGCCACCCACGUUCGAGACCAACCCGUUUUUCCCCCAGACUGCCUUUGUGCUCCCUACCCUGGCCCAUACCAACACAAGCCGGCGCUGGCAAGUACGAGAGUAUGGACAACCCACGUCUUCCAUCUCAUUCCCUCUGGAAGGGGUGGUGCAAGCCAGCGUCGAAUCGGGUUGGAGAGGCAGAGGCGAACUGACAGACACCAUAUGGGGCGCCACCAGCACCUGGCAAGCGCCCUUGGCCACUGAAGGCUCCCUGGGGGAUUAUAGCGCGUGUCCGGGUGCCCGUCAAGGCGGCUGCCCAAGUAUCAACCAGAUCAAUGUCAUAUCACUCCUCAAUCCUGACGAAGCGGCCGUGCAAACCAGCGCCCAUGGCAGUGUCGAAGGCCUACAAGACCUCUCCCACGGAGAUGACAGCCCGGCAGACACAACCGCCUGCUACGGGAUGAUCUCGCUCCCUGGUAGUUGCAAGGGGCCGCCAACACGUCUGCGGCCGAUGGCCGCCUUCCCCGUGACAAUAGAGCAGGAUUGCACCUUCAAAUCUCUGUCUUCUGAGAUUAUGUACUAUGGCAGGCUUGCCGUCGAGUAUAUCGACAUUGUUCAGGCAAUUCUUGAGGCACAGGCACUGGAACUGCAGGCUUCAUGCUCAAUCAAUCCUUCAGAAACACCACAGUCAAAGAGCAGCCACAGAGCCCAGUUUGGCGAAAUAGUGCAGCAGUGCACUCUCUCACUAAUUAUCUACGGUCCUGCGGACAUGAGCCGCGAUGUCGGUGUCUUCUUCCAGGAUGCAGAUAUCUACCUACAAGACCCAAAGAACUGCGACCGCAACGUGAAGUACUGCAACCCUCACCGGCUAUCAUCGCUAGACCAUUGCCCAAUGGUUUUUGACCUAGCAAAGGAGAGUGCCAACGCCGAAGCUAUCUUGUUCGCCGAUUCCAAUGCCCCGGAGCUGAUUCCGGACGCCCACGGGGAUCUUCCUGAAUCUCAUUCUCCUGAGGACAUCCUCAAAACAUCUCUCAAGCUGCAUCAAAAACAAGCCCUCACGUUUCUGCUGCAGCGGGAAUCUGGCUGGGACUUCAGACAGGAGUCAGCAGACUACUGGGAUUUGACACAAACGGGUGAUGCGACCUGCUUUGUGAACCGAAUAUCCCAAGCAUGGCAUACCGAUGAACCCCCCGAGUUUUGUGGCGGCAUCGUUGCAGAUCCCAUGGGACUAGGCAAGACAUUGACCAUGAUAGCAUUGGCGGCAACAGAUCAUAGUGAAAUGUUCCGCGACACCAGCGAUACCCCAAAGUUGGAGAUUCUUCCGACCUUGAUUAUUGUUCCGCCCCCUUUGCUAGACACAUGGCAGGAACAGCUGAACGAGCACGUCAAGCCGGGUGCAAUGUCCUGGGGUCUCCAUUACGGAGACCAAAAGCUCACCAGCGCUGAAGACGCAGCUAAACACCAUAUCAUACUGUCGACAUACCACACCGUGGCACUGGACUGGGGCAGCAAGAAUUCAACUCAUAGGAGCUUCCUCUUCUCGGCUUCCUGGAGUCGGAUCAUCCUUGACGAAGCCCACAUGAUACGGAACGCGAAAUCCCGGAUGUCGAAGGCGGUGUGCGCUCUCAAGGCAACAUCAAGAUGGGCUGUCACAGGAACCCCAGUCCAGAACUCCAUCAGGGAUAUGGAGAGCCUUCUGAAAUUUAUUCGGGCACACCCGUAUGACGACUCCGGUCGCUUUGACAAUGAUAUUGGGAGACUCUGGAAGUCGGGUAAUGUCGAAGACGCCGCAAAAAGGCUAAGGACUCUAACCAACGGGCUUGUCCUCCGGCGGUCCAAAAACGUGAUUCAACUACCAAACAGAACCGACCUCAAAUUCCCCGUCGAGUUCUCAGCCGAAGAAAGGAAGCUGUACGACGACCUCAAGGAGCAGACCCUGGCCCGGAUCGAGGAGGCAUACGAAGGCGGAGACGGCAGGCCGGCAUCCAUGUCCUACAUCACGGUGCUGCAAAGAAUCAACGCCCUCCGCGUGGUGUGCGACCUCGGGCUGAACUACAGCUCAAGACACAACAUCGCGGAUGGCGCUUCAACCGGCGACUGGAAGUCGGUUGCACAGCUCGCGCUCGACCACCGUCGAGAGAUGUACCCUGUGGCGUGCGCGUUUUGCGGUGCGUCCUCCAGCCUGGCGACGGCGGCCUUCGACGACGGCGACGGCGGUCCCGCCGCUGCCACCGGGCCCUGGUACGCCCGGUGCUUCUCGUUUGUGUGCGGAGACUGCGCGAGGCACGCCAGCUCGCGCGGCCAGCCCGUCACCUGCAAGCAUAGCCCGGAGCACGACAUCGCGCGAGUGGCUCUGGGCUGGAGGACCCUGGAGGACAGUUUUGGGCCGUCGGGAAUGCUGGACAAUGCCAUGGCCGACUGCCACCUUUCGAGCAAGGUCGGCGCCUUGAUAUCACAGCUGCUCUCCCUCCCCGCCGAGAGCAAGAGUGUCGUUUUUUCCAGCUGGACCAUGACCUUGGAUCUCAUCCAGGCCGGCCUCGAGCGAGCUGGUAUGAGGUACGAGCGUUUCGAUGGGAAAGUGGCACAGCGGCAUCGGGACGGCGUCAUCAAAAGGUUCAGAAAGGACCCAGGAGUAAAGGUGCUUCUCCUGACGUUGUCGUGCGGCGCGGCCGGGCUUACACUCACGGAGGCAUCGACGGCGUUUCUGAUGGAGCCUCAUUGGAACCCUACUGUCGAAGAGCAAGCCCUGGCUAGGAUCCACCGGCUUGGGCAAAAGAGUGAAGUGAAAACGGUGCGCUUCUUUGUGAAGGACACGUUCGAAGAGCGCGUGCUGGAACUUCAGCAGUCAAAGAGGAAGCUCGAGGGCCUCUUGGUCGCCCCGCAAGCCGAGGCCGGGUCGUACGAUGGCCUGAGCAGUCUGGAGGAUCUCCGUCGUCUCAUAUAAGCAAUUCCCUCGCCUGGCUGGGUGGGUUGUGGUGACAUGAUAUGACUGCGAUGGGGGCUCGUUUGGGGGCCGUUGCCACCUCGUUGAGACGAUGGGAUGAGUCACGAAGAAGCAGGUGGUUCUAAGGAGAAAUUGCCAAUACAAACUACAGAUGGAAGUAUCAAGUUCUGUCUAUCCGGUACAGACGACGACCCCAACAAACGAAAACAGCAUCACGGCUCGUCUCCAAGAUCUAAUACCUUCUAGAGUCGCAAUGAAGCACAUGAGAAACAAAACAGUUGGAAUCAAAAGGAGCUUGUGCCGGAGAAGCACGGAAGCGGAAAAAUGCAAGAUGCUACCCCCAAAAGGCAACCUCGUUUCAACGCCGAACCAAAUGGGGAAAAUGUCAGAAUGAAGCGGGCAAGAAAAGACAGAAACAAAGAAUAUAAGAGGCCUCCAAGAUUAGAAUGUUCCCUCCCG